AUGCAGACUUGGCCGUGCGGUCACCGGGUGGUGUGCCGCAAGUGUCUGGUACGCACCAUCCAGAUAGCCGUGUCCCGGCGGUCGUUGCCGUUGCGGUGCGUCGUGUGCCGCGCCCGGGUGUUGCGCCUCAAGCGGUCGUCGGACUCGCGGGCCACGUCCACGGUGGCCGCAGCGGCGUCGUCGGAGAGCGGCCGGGACGGGUCCACCGCGGCCGGCCGGUCGCACAGCUUGCCGACGAAACUGAGGCGGCACGCGACAGCCGCCGUAGCCGUCCGGUCGCGGUCGGUGGGCACCGGCAAGACGGGCCCCGUGCGACGGACGACAAGUGGCGGCGGUCACAGUGGCGGCGGACGGCGGUACAACUUUGCCGGUUGGGCCGACGCGUUCGCCACUGACGAUGACGACGACGACGACGAAGACUACGACGACGGCAGUGGCGUUGGCGGUGGUGGUCACGACCAACUGCACUCCACUUCCGUUAAAUACAGCAAACUGGAAACGACGGCGGACAGGACGAGACACGACAAUCAAUCGAAAAACGGUCUGCAGAGGAUACUCGGUAAAUUCAAAUUCUGGAGGUUUUUACGCUUUAAAAAUAAUAACAAACCGUAG